AUGAUGUCUACGCCUACAUUCCAAACCACGAAGCCUCUUACGCGACUAUUCAGCGCGACCAAAUUUAAGCUGUUAGCCGUGUUUCUAGCACUAGCCACAAUCCUUCUUUUCGCAUCAUAUGGCUGGAAAAAAAGUCUCGAUCAUGAUUUACCCUCAUUGCCCGCGGAAAAGAAAGAACCAGAACCGGACUUUUGGAAUUGGCAGACGAUCACCCAUUUUCAAAAGUAUAAAUCCAAGGGUCCGUUCACAGCGGACGAUAUCUGCGCCGACUUCCCUUCGAACAUUCUUGAGCGCGUCCAGGUGGUGCUAAAAACCGGCGCGACGGAAAGCGCAGAACGCAUCGAUGCCUCUAUGGACUCAGUGACGCACUGCAUCUCCAACCUCCUUGUCGUCUCGGACCGUGCGACCGAGCUCCAUGGACAUCGCGUGCACGAUGUUCUCGCCGAUUUGGUACCCCUUGCCGAUAAAUUGAACCUCACCGACUUCAAAAAGUAUGAAGCUUUACAAAACGGUGACAAGAAUAUUGAUGGGCAGGAUGGAUGGCGACUAGAUCGUUACAAAUUCUUGCCUAUGAUCGAGCGUGCAAAGGAAGCGAAUCCCACAGCUGAAUGGUUUGUCUUCAUCGAGACAGAUACGUAUCUCUUCUGGGAUAAUCUGUUCAGAUUACUGGAUCAGUACGAUCCGACUGUACCCUUGUACUUCGGUUCGCCUUCGCCUGGCUUUUGGCUGGAAAACGAACAGAGAGUCUGGUUUGCAUAUGGCGGCUCUGGAUUCGUUCUUUCUCGGGCGGCUGUCGAGAAACUAACAGAGCGUCAAACUGGAGAUUACGGAGAAUAUCUCGAGCCUUCUGUCAGCGAACGAUAUAUGGAAGUGGUGGAUCGCGACUGCUGUGGAGACUCAGUACUUGGAUUUGCACUCUAUCAAAAAGGAAUCAAUAUAUCCGGACUGUGGCCCAUGUUCAAUGCGCACUCUUUACAUGGGAUUCCUUUCGAUGCCAAGCACUGGUGUCAGCCCGUUAUCAGCUUGCACAAGUCCUUGUUACCGGAUAUGACAGGAUUGGCUAAGUGGGAGAGCAAGCGGGAUAAAACAUACCCUAUACUUUAUUCCGACCUAACCGACUAUCUUCAACUGGGAACAUUGCCGGACAAAGUCGAUUGGGACAACGGUGACUUUGGUGGGCAUGUUGAGCCCCCGGAGUCUGCAGCGCAUGGCUCACUGAGCGCGUGUAGGCAAGCAUGCGAGGAGAGCGAUUCGUGUCUCUCAUUUACCUGGAAUUCAUCCGGGCAAUGCGUGUUUGUUCGCUCAAUACGUCUUGGGGCCGGAAAGAAGGUCCCGCCCAAUGAACUUACGGCUGGGUGGGAUAACUCUGGGAUCCAGAGAUGGCGCGAAAGCAAUACAUGCGAGGCGCCAAUGUGGAUGAAGCCCAGCAUCAAGAGAAUCUUUUAG